CUAGGAUAUGUACACUACUUACUAGGCCUAACAUGUUUUUUCAUUGUUUAUGUAUAUAAUAACAUUAAAUUAUACUUUAUAUUAAACCAAAUCACACUCAGAGGGUUUUUAGAAUUGGCCUUCCACAACAUGUCAGAUGACAGACAAGAUGAAGAUAGAGUUCACGGAGGCUGUGAGGGGCCUGAUGCCAUGUAUGUCAAGUUAAUCUCUUCUGAUGGACAUGAAUUUAUUAUCAAACGGGAGCAUGCGUUAACCUCAGGAACCAUAAAAGCAAUGUUGAGUGGUCCAGGACAGUUUGCAGAAAACGAAACAAAUGAGGUCAACUUUAGAGAAAUUCCAUCACAUGUACUUCAGAAGGUUUGCCAGUACUUCACAUACAAAGUUCGAUAUACCAAUAGUUCCACAGAGAUCCCCGAGUUUCCCAUCGCCCCGGAAAUUGCUCUUGAACUCCUGAUGGCAGCAAACUUUUUAGAUUGCUGAACUUAAUUUUUUACCUAAAAAAUUAACUUGGUUUGGUUAUUUUUUGUUUGUUUGUUUGUUAAUCGAAAUUUUCAGUCUUGGUUAUUGCAGUGUUUUCUGAAGGUGUGUGGGUGAACAGCCAAAGUAACCUGUUAAAUGAACAUAAAGAACUAUUGUAUGUGAAAAGAAAAUAAGUACAUGUAUCGUACACAGCAGCCAGUUGGUGCUGUUGUUCAGUAAGUAGAUGUACUAAAUUGAACAAACGUAACUGGACAUUGUGGCCUCAUCUGCAAUCAUUUUAAAAUGUUAUUUUUCAAAUGUGAUUUUAAACUUUCAAAGCAUACCAGGUGAAUCAUAUUUUUAGGGCUUUGAUCCACUGAAUAAGUUAUAGUAAAAUUAUUUUAAUACUGAGUAUUCCUGUUUGUUUACUUUUAUUUUGUGCUUUUUUUUAUUUUUAUUUUUUUGUCACAAAAAUUCAAAACUAUAAAUGCUUCUUUUUUUUUGAAAUAAUAAUGUUAUUUUUAUUUUAUAAAACACUGAUGACUAGGCAUUGCUGUUGGAAUCUUGCAAGCUUGUCACAAUCUGAUUGGCUAAAAUGGAUUUACUCUUAGCCUGUGAUAGGCAGAUCAGCUGUGCCUUCAGUUUACGUGCUGCUUGAAAUACCUGCUCAGUAUGUAGCUCCAAGAAACAGCACUGCUGUCAUUGUUUUUGUAGAAUUAUUCUGCUAUGUUCGGGCUAUCUUCCUUCCAUUAUAGUAGAUUUGUUCAAUGACAGAACAUAAUAUUUUUUCAGUACUCUCACCUUAUGCUAAUAUUUUAAUGCAUUAACUAGCUUGGCUCAAAAACUAACAUUUUCUAAAUAUGUACGAGAUUUAUCAUUUGGUAUUAAAAUCAGAACUUAUGUUUGAAAUGUUUGUACCGGAGCUUUCCUCGGCAAGGUUCAGUUAGCAAGAUGUGGUUUGAACUCGAGAAACAAAAAGUGAUAAAAUAGUGAAAUAUUGCACUUAAUAUUAGACUUAUACUAACUUUAAUCCCUUUUUUGAAACCUUGCAAUGCCGAUGUUCUUUUUUAGAAGCACCUUUGAAAACUUUAUUGUACGUAAAGGUUUCAUUCCCGCUAAAGUUUGUGGAUAAAUGCAUGUUGUUGGGGUUAAGUGUUGUGUCCAAAUAACUAGUUAAAUGUUUUAAUUAGUGGUUUGAAGCUAAAGUCUGUAAUUUAAUUUAAGAGUGUAACCCUUGUAUCCAUUGAGAACACCAAAAUAAUUUGUAAAUGUUCUAUUUUAUUUGUUUAAAAUUCUUCUGUUUUAGGCUGGAAUUAUGCAAAGAGGUUAUGAGAGGUGUGAAAAAAGAAGUUCUCUGUAAAAACCUGAUACAAGAAAUGUAGUUCUGUUUAUAUAGGGUCUUUGUCAAAAAUGUUUAUAUGUUGAAAGAGACAGAGAUGUAAAGACAAAAAAUAGAGAAUUUCAUAUAUCUUACUUCAAGGUAGUCAACACAAAAUGUUCAUUAAUUAUACUUUCAGUUUGUGAUCAUUGAAAUUAAAUCUUUUACUUAAUGAAGCCAUGUAUCACACUCACAAUCAUUUUAUAAAAUUUCAAGAGAUUAUCCUUCCAUUCUUAAUUACUGUUCUCAUAUAUGAUUAAAUUACUACUACUCUACUGGUCUUGUUACACCAUAGUCAAUAUUGUAAAGGAUAAUUAUGCAGAACUUCGUAGCUUGAGAUAAAAAGUUGCCUGAUUGGUUUGAGACAGAUGUAUGGGAAUAGUAGCCACACAUAAAUAGAAAUAUGAUGUAAACGUGUGUCGGAAAAAGUAAUACAAUACCACAUACAUUGGGGUGAAAACACGAACGUCCUGAGUGGUAGUACAAUAAGAAGGAAUUAAUAAAUAUGUGAAGUAAAAAUUUAUAACUUGUUAAUUUGAGAACAGUGAGACAAUAGCAUUUUAGUAUUCAAUAAAUGUGUUGUGAAUUACAACUAAUGACAAAGAUUGUUUAGUGUCUAUAAGUUAUUCUUUUAUUUAGAUGUAGAAUGGAGAAGUAGAAACAGUAUAAUGUAGAAUAAUUUCCAAUUCCUGCUAUUAGUUUGUAGAUAUCUUUUUUUUUGAUCCUAUGAAAGUACAAUGUGUUAUAAAGCUUCAGCUGUAACAUACUUUACAUUUAGGUGUGCCAGUAGUACACUGUAGUCAUCAUUAAAUGCUCAUACUUAAUAUAUCUUCAAUGAAAAUAAUACGUGUGUGAGCUUUCACUGUUUUAUCAAGCACCAGCUCAAGGCCUAAACGGGUUCACAGCAUCUUCACGUUACAACCGUGCAACUUGCAUAUUAAAAUUAAUAUUUGUAGAUGUUUUGUUACGGAGAGUUGGAAAAUGCAGUUCAAAUCUGUUUGUAGGUAAUGCAUAGUUUAAGACUAAUAUUUCAAGAAUUCUCAUACAUACCUUAACAAUUAAUAGUUUGCAAUAUUUUGGUGUCAAAUAUGUACUACUUAAGAUGUUGUAUGAAAUUAUUCACAGAGAUUUGAGACAGAUAAAACGUCAGUGUUUCCACUUAAAUGAAUGUGUUCAUGUAUUUAUAUGCUUCUAAUGAACAGAACAUUGUGUAAACUUUUUAAGCUUCAGGCUAUUAUCUGUGUUCAGAUAUUUAUCUCCUCAAUUUUAUUACAAGUAGCUUGAAAACUAUAGGCAGUGGUUGAGUUGGAUUGAAACAUCUAACCUGAUGUCUAUCAGAAUGGGUUGAACAGUAUAUACAAAUAUGGUAUGUUUAUGAUAUGAUGAUCUUUUACUUUAGAUCCGAUUAAACAUCCAAGAUGGAAGAUAAUAUAUCACGUAGACAAUAGAUUUAGUUUCACUACUGAAAUUUAGGUUCUUAACAUGUCUAAAACUGUAACAGACUCAAGAUCAUAGUGUGCGUACAUCAAACUGACAUAAUAGAUAUGUUGUAACAAUAGCUCUAAAGGAGAUAUAUUAACUUUAGGGUGGAGAGAAGUAAUAUGUCAUUUUUGUGACAAGACUAUCUAGUCUCGUUAAAACUCCCCUAUAAUAUCAUUUGUAAGUCCUGCUGAAACACUGUAUGGCUUCAGAGAUCUACUGAAUAAUUUCUGUAACCUCAGUGAAAUUAUGUUGCUAAAAAAACUUGAGACAUUAUGUUAAAUAUAUUAAACAAUCUUUGCCACGACUCAAGAUACUCACUGAAUAGUUUUGAAAUUUUUAUGAUGUCUGUUAAGAACCUUGGAAUGAUAAAUCAUGCUUACUAUAAUUUUAUGAAAUGAUCAAACUAGGCUUUCAUAAUUUUGUGUUUGACAUAAGAUACAGACAAUAAGAGAGUCAUUUGGUCCUUCAAAGCUUUCCUUGCACACCCACACUUCUGACAAGUAAAUAUUUAAAACCAAUUUUCAGGAAAUCAUUAGAUCCCCUCAUAACCUCCCAUCAAGUGGUGGCUGAUGGAAACUCAUUCCAUAAGUCAGUCACCCUUUUGAAAAAUUUAAACUAUUUUAACUGAAGCCUAAGCCUGCCUUUUUCCAAGUCUUAAUUUUUGUGUUCAUAAUAUAUUGCAAAGAAAUUAGAGGACUUUAUCCUAUCAAUCCGUAGGAUAGUCUUGUAAACUUCAGUAAGAUCACCUCCUCGUACCCUUCUUUUGUCAAGAGAAAAUAAGUUAAGAGAUCUUAACCUAUCCCUUUAAGACAACCCUUGAAUCAUCCUGGUACCUCUUAUCGGCCUUUCCAGUAAGUCAGUAUCCUUUCCUCGAUAAGGAGAUAACAAAUAUAUCCUGUAUCCUUUUGAUUUCUAAUCAUUGGGUCUUAUGAGUACAUCCUAAAGUUCUAUUAACUUUACUGCUACCAACAGAGAAACUGCUUCAAUGGCUUGAGUGAAUUUUCCACCAAGAUCCUUUACUUCAGUCGCACUGUUAAGUGUUUCCCAUUCUAUAUUAACAAUGUGAACAAAUGAUGAUAAUCUAAAUGCAUUAACUUGCACCUACUAUAAUCAAAGAUACAAGUCAUUCUGUAAUACCUUAACAUCCUAUAUAUUGCUAGAAAUGCCCAAGUGUUUAUUUUCACCUGCAAACUUUAAUAACUUAACGGUUAUGUCUCCAUUAAUGUAAGUAAGAAAAAUCAAAGGUCCAAGCACUGAUCCCUGAUUUUCUCCCAGUCUUUAGUAAGCCAAUUAGGGUUAAUUUUCUAUAUCCUUUUCUUUCUUUGUUUAUUAGGAAUGUAUGACUAUUUUGUAUUAAAGAAUCUUUUAACUGAUCAUUCCCAAUUGCUAAUGUUAAUUCUUGUCUCGUGGCCUCAAAAUCGACCUUUUGAAAAUUAAGAUACUAAAAUUUCGUCUAUAUCUCAACGUGUAGUAGAUAUUCCCCCAAUUCAACUCUUUCAACUAAUUAGGACUAUGAAAGGGUUGAAUAAGCUUAUUAAAUAACUUGUCAGACCUGCUACAUAACAUUUGUGCUAGAACUAAUAUCGCCUGCUGUAUUGACUAACUAGGCUUGACUUGAUAACCUUUGUGAAAUAACGAAUUAGCCUUAAUUAUUCUUUCCAACUCAAAUUACUAAACUUACGAAAUAAACUGUGUAAAAUGACCAGCAACUGUGUUGUGAGAUAGAAACUUGACCUGGUAAGUGCACUAAAAGGCAUGUAAUAGGUCUAAACUGACUUUUAAACACUUGGUAGAUGGAAGGGGAAUGGCCAAGUCCACCACUAAGCAUUAAAAUAUACUUGCCAAGCAUCACCAGUAACAUAUUCCCGUGUCAAACAGCUAGUGAAGGUUAUUAAAAACUUCAGUGCUUCAAAAUAAUUUUCCUACCAUGAUGGAAUAAUGGAAGAUUUAGUGACAUGGUAGUUAGUAUGAUCAUGAAUACCUUGGGUCACUCAGCAACAUUCUUUUAUGAAUAUUUUAGUACACUCAUUUGUUGUAAAGUUUAGAAAAAUUUGUUACAUAAUAAAUAUCAAAUUUAAAACUUUA